AUGCGGGAGGUAGCUGCUCAUUGGAUUUUAAUGCAUGACCAUCCAUUUUCCAUAUUAGAAGAAGAAAGGUUCAAUAUGAUGAUGAAACGUGGGACUCCCAAAUGGACAAAAAUCUCACGAGUGACUGGAAAAAAUGAUUGCAUAGCAGUUUAUGAGGCGGAGAAGAAGAAAAUUAGAAAUCUUUUGAGACAAGUCAACAAAUUAAGCCUCACAACUGAUUUGUGGAAGGCAAAAAAUCAGAAAAUAGAGUACAUGGUUAUCACUGGCCACUGGAUUGAUGCAAACUGGAAGUUGCAAAAAGGGGUACUUAAUUUCGUUCAUAUUCCACAACCAAGAAGAGGGGUUGAAAUCUCUGCAGCAAUUUUUAAAUGUGUUAAGUGGGGUGUUGACAACAAGAUAUAUUCAAUUUCAGUUGAUAAUGCAUCAAAUAAUGAUGUAGCAGUGCAACUUUUGAAGAAUGACUUGGCAAGAUCGAGAAAGUUAAUAUGUGGAGGAAAAUUGUUUCACGUACGUUGUUGUACUCAUAUCUUGAACCUCAUGGUUCAAGAUAGCCUCGGUGAGAUUGAAGACAUCAUAGAAAAUAUUAGAGAUAAUGUGGAAUUUGUGGGUAGGUCUGAUGUUCGGACUCUUCUAUUUGCUGAAAUUGCACAGCAACUACAAAUACCUGGAAAAUCUCUAAUCCAUGAUUGUAGGACUAGGUGGAACUCGACAUAUGAUAUGCUUAGUUGUGCUAUCAAAUUCAUGGAAGUCUUUCCACGCUACCAAGAUAGAGAGCCGCGCUAUGAUUGUUGUUCAUCUGAUGAGGAAUGGGAGAAAGUUGAAAAGUCUAUGGAGAUUGUUAAGGUGAAGAGACUUCUAGAUUCAAAAGUGAAUGAUGGUGAUGACUUCAUACGAGCAAUGGUGCGAAGAAUGAAAAAUAAAUUUGACAAAUAUUGGGGUGAAUGCAACCUAUUGAUGGCAAUUGCUGCAAUUUUGGAUCCAAGGCAGAAAAUGCGUGUUUUAGAGUUUGUCUUCUCAAAAAUAUAUUCAGCUCUUGAAUGUCAAGAAAAUAUCACCAAAGUCAAAAAAACUCUAUUUGAAAUGUAUGAAGAAUAUGUCUCAGCAGUUGUUAGUUCAAGUGGAUCUACAAUUGAGUCCCAGCAUGGAGCAUCUUAA